UUGAUGGGGAGACAGCGAGUGCCACUAGUAGUGCCAGCUCCCUCUCCUUGGUCCAAGAACAAACUAGACCGAUUUAGAACGAGUUAGACCGAAUUUUUCGGCUGCUUGGCUCUGUGGUCUUCUGGCUGGUCUUCAAGACCUUCAGCCCUACACUAAGGAUGAGGCUUGAGAAGGGCUUACAUCAGCGGAUGUCAUCCACUCCUCACCAUCCAUCAACCGUCCAGACUCCCGUCCUGGUGGAUGGCACCUCAGUCAACCACCUGGCAUCCAGGCCCCUGGAGCCUGCAAGGAAAGGGGAUGACAUCCAUCCACAGUGGCCCGGGUCGAGUCCAGCAAUGAGCCAGAGUCCUGGCCCUGGUUCUGGCCAGGAGUGUGUGGUCAGCAAGAUGCUGCAGGGAGCCCAGCAUCCUGCAGCACUCACGGGAAACACAGCAGGCAGCAGCAGCAGCAACAACAACAGUGGUCAAACUCAGCAUGUCCGUGACACAGCAAGCACUGCUGGUCAACUAUGUUAUCUGCCCUCAGUAGCUGAGAACUUUCAACAAUUGCAGAUUGAGCGCCCAGGCGCAAGUGCAGAGUUCCAGCCUAUAACCAUUUCGUAUCCCCUUGUGAGUACAAGUACUCAGGACGUCCGUAGGUCAACUCACGACCCCCAGCCAUCAAUUCCUCAACUCUCAGCCGUGAAUGGAAGCCUUCAACACCCAUCUCCUUUAGUUGGAAGCCUUCUAACAUUUCCAUUCAACCCAGAUGGAGAAAAGUGCCCUGGUCCAUGGAGGAUUGUGGACCCCGGUCCAGGGAGGAUUGUGGACCCCGGUCCAGGGAGGAUUGUGGACCCCGGUCCAGGGAGGAUUGUGGACCCCGGUCCAGGGAGGAUUGUGGACCCCGGUCCAGGGAGGGUCAUGGACCUCGAUCCAGAGUUGAGGUUCGUGUACCAGCCAGAGGCCAACUUCCGCUUCCGGUAUCUUACGGAUGCUGGAUCUCACGGUCACCUCUCCGCUGCUCUCUCUACGUCCAGCCUCCGACGCUGCCCCACUGUACAGCUGUUGAACUAUGUGGGUGUGGCUCGCCUGUGUGUGCGUCUCUACACGUGGGCGGACGACCACGCCCACUCCCGCCCACACCCCAUUCUGAGGCUCCAGGUAACGGAGGGUCGAGACCGCAGUCGCCGUUCUCAACGGCAACAGGAACAACUGCAGCAACAGGAUCAACAGCAGCAACGUGAACAACAGGGACAGCAGCAUCAACAGAGUCAACAGGAGGACGCAAGACAACAGAUGUCACUCCUACAGGACGAGGUGUGGUUCCCGUUAACAGAACACCAACAGUAUCACUGUGAGCUACGAGGACUGAGUAUCUGCAAGUUAACUAAAGAUAAUCUCCAGGACCUUGGCAAGACAAGACAGGAAGCACAGAGGCUGUGUCAGCUGUACAACAAUGUGUCUGCAUGUCUGUGUGUGGAGGCCUACCAGGCUGACCAGCCUAUCGCAGGGCCUAUUUUCUCCCACAAAAUCUCUAACAUCAGUAAGUCAAAGACUGAUUUUUUAAUUCUUGCAAAAUCAAAAUAUUUAGAGGAACGUAGGUUGAUUUAGAAAUUGAAAUUUAGAUGUGGAAAUAUUCGAGAUUUUGAAAAUAGUCUCUCACUCUCUCUCUCUCUCACUCUCUCUCACUCUCUCUCUCACUCUCUCUCUCUCUCUCUCUCUCUCUCUCUCUCUCUCUCUCUCUCUCUCUCUCUCUCUCUCUCUCUCUCUCUCUCUCUCUCUCUCUCUCUGUCUCUCUCUCUCUCUGUCUGUCUCUCUCACUCUCUCUCUCUGUCUCUCUCA